AUGGUACCCGUUUGUGUGAGUUUCCACUCCCCGCUUCCUAAUUUUGGCACCAAAGAAGGGAGACUAGGUAGAGGCUACGAUGCUGGAAGGUGUGGGCUGCAGAAAGAUAAGCUUGGGCCAGAGAAGAUGAUAGGCAAGUCCGACGACAGAGAAUGGUCUGGAGUAGGAGCAACAUGGGCCUUGUUAAACGAAAAAGAAAAUUCAUCAAAUAACACAUGA